AUGCGCCAGAACUCACCGGACGGCGUUCCCGCUACUGCCGCCGCAGCAGCUGCGAAUGCGUCACGCGCGGUUCUGAGCGAAUCCGUCGCGUCGCAGCAGCAGCAGCAGCAGCCGGCGCUCCAUCCGCUGAAGCGGCUGUCCAGCCGGCGGCUCGUGGCGGCGCCCGUGGCGCGCGCGCGGGAGGCGGCGACUCGCGAGGCGCUGGAGCAGCUGGAAGACGCGAUGCGACAGCUGGCGCGCGCCGAGUACGACUGGCUGGUGAGCAAGAUCGCGGAAGCUUCCGCGAUGGCGGCGGGGAAUAAGGAGGUGAGCAGCGCGAAUAAUGCGAGAGGGGGCGGAGGGGGGCCGGGCGGAAGGAGCGGGCGGAGCAUUGCGGGGAUCGGGAGUAUCAGUCAACGAUUUACUCGGAGCACCAGCACUAGGUCCGGGUUUGGUCCGGCGAGCUCCCGAACCGGGAACGCAGGCUCGGUCCUCCCACCUCAGCCGUUCCCCCGAAGCUCGUCGCAGAAAGCAGCGAAAGCGGGGCACAGUCGCUCGCUGUCGCUGGGGCAGGCGCUGUCGCACAGGCACGCGAGCAGCAGCCAAUCAGAGGCGCGCGCGAAGCCUGGCGAAAAUCGCACAGCGUCGCAGGGGCAUUUGGGGCUGGAGGCUGCGAAAGUGGAAGAGGUGUUCGUGGUGGGGCUGGCGAUGUGGGUCGAAUUCUGGAAGCAGUGGGCCAAACCUGCCAGCCACGGCGCCGAAGCUGCAGCCUCGGCGCUAGGCUCGGGAUUAGGCUUGGCGGCGCAGGGGGGGAAGCUGGGGAGGGGGGCGGGGCAGUGGGGGCGGAAGGGCGCGGAAGGGGGGCUGCGGAGUCUGAAGAGGCGGAGGGAGAGGAUGAGGCGGAAAGAAGGGGGGAAUGGGGGGAAAGGGGGAGCUGCGGGGAAGGAUGGGGGAGUGUUGGGGAAAGAGGGGAAGGAGAGGGUUUUGGGGGUUAAUUCCGUGCUGGAAGUGCAAUUGGACGGGUUAAGUUGCAAGAAACCCUUGGAAGAAGGGACGUUCUUCUCAGUUGACCUGGGGGAUGAGGAGGAAGAUAAAGGGGGGAGAGGGGAGGCGGAGGGGGGAAUGGAGAGUAUCGAUUUGACUAGUGGGCGGGACGAGGGGAGGAAGAGAAGGGGAGGGAGGGGAGGAAGGGCAGGAAGGGGGGAACACGGGCAGGAUUCUGGAAAUUUCGUGGAAGGAUUUGGCGCUGAUUAUGGGGAAGGUGGGGGGCGGAAUGGGGAGGUGAGGGAGGGGGAUGGGAGGAGGGACGCACGGCACAAGAGGCUUUGGCUGAAGAAACGGCGGCACAAGGCAGGCAAUGGAGUGGGGGGAGUUGGUUCGGCAGGAGUUGGUUCAGAUGCUCGGCUGUCUGUUAGUGAGUGUUCCCGCCCAGAGCUAGACACUGUAGCUGCCACUGCUGACCACUGUAACGGGUCCCUCUAUGACGAGGAUUUCUCUGGUGACACUGUAAGGUUUGAUUUUGAAAAGCUUCCUAACGGAGCCCUCUGUAACGAGGACGGCUGGAGCUCUGACAGCAAUGGGUCGAGCGACGAAAGCUCCUACUACAAUCUCAACGAGUACGGCGCUUAUAACGAGUGCAGUGCUUAUAACGUGUUCGGAUCUUAUAACGAGUACAGCGGCAGCUACAGCGCUAACAGCUACAGCGCGAGGGGCAGCAGCGGCACGCCGUUCUCAGCGUGUGCCCCACACGGGGCGGGGUGUGGCGUGCACGUGCCAGAGGUGGAGGGCGACCUGCGGGCUGAGGCCGGGCGGCAACUGCAGGAGCAGCUUUUGGCGGAUCUGCUGGACGGGCGGCAAGGCGCUCUGGGUGGCAAGCCGGGCGCGUGGGGGGAGGUGCUAUCUGGGGGCGGUGGGACUGGUGGUGGUGGGACUGGUGGUGGGGGUGCGUUUGGGUUCCGAAGCAGCAGCGUCGGCAGCAGCACCGGAGGGAGCUUCAGCAGGAGCAGCAGCUUCGGUGGCGGAGCAGGCAGCAGCUUCGGGCCUAGCCUCGGCAGUGGGUUCGGGAACAGCCUCGGCAGUGGGUUCGGCAGCGGGUUCGGAGGCUACAGCAGCAUGGGAGAGGUGGGGAUAGGCAGUGGUCUGGGCUGUAGCAGCUACAACCCAUCAGUUGACAUCCUGAAACGCCUCCGAAGCAGCUCAUUCUCCUACUCUCACUCCCACCCGCUCUCCCACCCUCACUCCUUCCCUCACUCCUCCUCUCACUCCACCCACCACUCUGCUAGCAGCAGCCCUGCAGGUACCCCCACGCCUUCUCCCCCUCCCCCGCCCCCUCCGUUGCAGCACACUGAUGUGGUGCGGGUGCUGGGGUUGGCAGCAGCGGCGUCUAACUGCCUGCCUGUGAGUGCCGCUGUGUGUGUGCUGAGGUUGCUGGAUAGGCUUUGCAGGGAGGAGCGGGAGGCGGGGGAGUGGGUGAGACGAGGGCGGGGGAGGGGGAGACGGAGAGGAGGAGGGGCAGCAGCAGCGGCGGCGGCUGCGAGGGCGGCAGCAGCAGCGGCGGCGGGAGGGGGGAGGAGAGGAGGAGGUGGGGGGUGGGAUGGUGAGGGUGUGGGUGUGGGGGGGAGAGGAGGUUUGUUGGGGGACGAGGAGGAGGAUGAAGAGGAGGAUGGGGAAGGGAGAGAGGGAGUGAGGACCAGUGACAAUGGUGCUGAUGCUGAUGAUGCUGAUGAUGCUGAUGAUAAUGAUGCUGCGGAUUCCGAAGCUGCAGCGGAGGCUCGGGAGGCGGUGGAGCGGGAGAUGGAGGCUCGGGAGUGUCGCAUGUUCGUGCUGCAGUGCCUGCUGGACCUAGUAGACGCCCUGGCCCUCAAGUGCCGCUUGAGACUACAACCGCCCUCUGCCAGCGCGUAUCUAGAGGGGCUCGUGGGGGGAGUGGACGGACUGGGGGGGGUGAACGGGGUGGUUGCAGGGGCGGAAGGUUAUGCAUUGGAGGGGUAUGGGAUGGGGAUAUAUGGGGGAGUAGCGACGCCUACAGGGAGUGUGACAGUGAUGAAGGGAUUCCGGGACGAGGAGGAGAGCACAGGGAGUGUGGCAGGCGGCAGGGGCACAAGAAGCAGUGCAGCCGGUGGGGGCAGCACCUCGCCACUGCUCAACGGGCAAGGCUUCAACCCUCCGGCUCUCUUCCAGCGCCAGCCCUCCUGGGCCUCCGGCAGGCCUGCUGCCUGGGAGGCAGGUAAGCCUCCUGCUGCUGCUGCCUGGGAGGCAGGUAAGCCUCCUGCUGCUGCCGCUGCUGCUGCUGCUGCCGCUGCUGCUGCUGCUGCUGCUGCUGCUCGCUCCUCGCUGUACCGUCAGCCGUCCUGGGGCGGGGAUGGGGGAGACAGUGCGUUGUUUCAGCGCCAGCCGUCGUGGCAGGGGGGCAGUGCCGCGCCCUUCCAGCGACAACCAUCCUUGCAGGGGGGUGCGUCGCCCUUCCUGCGCCAGCCGUCCAUGGGCUUCCGCAGCAAGAUCGGUGCCUUGUUCCUGGGGGAGGGGCGGGGGGCAGCAGGAGGAGAGGCAGGGGCAGGGGCAGGGGGGGGGGAGGAGGAGGAAGGCAUGGGGGAUCCAUCGAGGCUGUGGAGGAGGCACGGGACAAUAGGCUCGGGUGUGGGUCGGGCGGGAAGCUUGUCUGUCUCGCAUGCCCCUGCUCCCAUGCGCCGCGCCACUGUUGGUGCUGCUGGCGAGUUUGCUUCCUCUGCAUCCGUCUCCUCAGCUGCAGGCUUCUUUGGUCCCACGCGACUAACAGAGCUGGCAGAACUAGCCCUCAUGCGCUCCAUUCUCCAUGCCCCUCCCAACACCACCGCUGGUAGGACCGGCCUAGCUCCCACCCCUCCCAACGCCUCGCCCCAUGGCCCAACCAAAGCCCCUACCAACGCCCCCACCACCAACCAGUCCACUCCCUACUCUCACCGUCUGCGCCAGCUGGAUUCGCUUCUCACCACGCAUGCGCUCGGGCCCGGGAUUCUCGCCCUCGUUUUGGCCGGGGAAGUUGCGGAACUACCCCAUUUAACCCAGGAGGACCUGUGGCUUUUAGCCGAUAGAGCGGACGAGAUGGGGUGCAUGGAGGCGGCUAUAAGAAUCUCUCUUAGAGCUGCCGCUGUCGCUUAUGAUGAUCUGGAUACUGUAGCGGAUACGGUCCGGGCGGCGAUGGUGCCUAAUGGGACGGAGCCCGUGCCGCAGCGGAUCCACCGGCUGCUCGGGGCGGCGCAUUUCGGACUGACGCACGCGCCGUCGGGCGGUGUGCGGUGGCAGUAUGCGAUGGCGUUCGGGGCGGCGUUUUUGGAGCCUCUGCGGGCGGCUGCUGCUGCGAGUGCUGCUGCUGAGGCGAGAAGUAGGGCGCUGGGCGAACGGGUUCCUGCAGCUGAGCCGCGUGUUUGGUGCCCCGCCCUCCCGCGAGGAGCAGGAGCGCGCGGGCGAGAUGAGCGCCCUGUGCGCCCGUACUAUGGGAGAAGUGCGGUGCAGCGCGGUGGGAAGAGCGUGCGGCCGUUCCGCAGCAAGAGUGUGCGGCAGUGCGAGGGCAGCUCGGCAGCAGGGACGGGAGAGACUUUUGAGUCGGCUUGCGAGUCGUUUCGCAGCGAGAGUGUGCGAUCAGGUGAUGGGCGCACGGCAGCAGAUACGGGAGAGACUUUUGAGUCGGCUCGCGAGUCGUUUCGCAGCGAGAGUGUGCGAUCAGGUGAUGGGCGCACGGCAGCAGAUACGGGAGAGACUUUUGAGUCGGCUCGCGAGUCGUUUCGCAGCGAGAGUGUGCGAUCAGGUGAUGGGCGCACGGCAGCAGAUACGGGAGAGACUUUUGAGUCGGCUCGCGAGUCGUUUCGCAGCGAGAGUGUGCGAUCAGGUGAUGGGCGCACGGCAGCAGAUACGGGAGAGACUUUUGAGUCUGCUCGCGAGUCGUUUCGCAGCGAGAGUGUGCGAUCAGGUGAUGGGCGCACGGCAGCAGAUACGGGAGAGACUUUUGAGUCGGCUUGCGAGUCGUUUCGCAGCGAGAGUGUGCGAUCAGGUGAUGGGCGCACGGCAGCAGAUACGGGAGAGACUUUUGAGUCGGCUUGCGAGUCGUUUCGCAGCGAGAGUGUGCGAUCAGGUGAUGGGCGCACGGCAGCAGAUACGGGAGAGACUUUUGAGUCGGCUCGCGAGUCGUUUCGCAGCGAGAGUGUGCGAUCAGGUGAUGGGCGCACGGCAGCAGAUACGGGAGAGACUUUUGAGUCGGCUCGCGAGUCGUUUCGCAGCGAGAGUGUGCGAUCAGGUGAUGGGCGCACGGCAGCAGAUACGGGAGAGACUUUUGAGUCUGCUCGCGAGUCCUUUCGCAGCGAGAGUGUGCGAUCAGGUGAUGGGCGCACGGCAGCAGAUACGGGAGAGACUUUUGAGUCUGCUCGCGAGUCGUUUCGCAGCGAGAGUGUGCGAUCAGGUGAUGGGCGCACGGCAGCAGAUACGGGAGAGACUUUUGAGUCCGCUCGCGAGUCGUUUCGCAGCGAGAGUGUGCGAUCAGGUGAUGGGCGCACGGCAGCAGAUACGGGAGAGACUUUUGAGUCCGCUCGCGAGUCGUUUCGCAGCGAGAGUGUGCGAUCAGGUGAUGGGCGCACGGCAGCAGAUACGGGAGAGACUUUUGAGUCGGCUCGCGAGUCGUUUCGCAGCGAGAGUGUGCGAUCAGGUGAUGGGCGCACGGCAGCAGAUACGGGAGAGACUUUUGAGUCCGCUCGCGAGUCGUUUCGCAGCGAGAGUGUGCGAUCAGGUGAUGGGCGCACGGCAGCAGAUACGGGAGAGACUUUUGAGUCGGCUCGCGAGUCGUUUCGCAGCGAGAGUGUGCGAUCAGGUGAUGGGCGCACGGCAGCAGAUACGGGAGAGACUUUUGAGUCUGCUCGCGAGUCGUUUCGCAGCGAGAGUGUGCGAUCAGGUGAUGGGCGCUCGGCAGCAGAUACGGGAGAGGGGCGGGCAAUUGCAAGCUUCUUUACCACCAAGCAGGGCGCUCUCAACGAGGGGCAAGGGGCUCUCAAGGCGGUGCUGGAGCAGGGGGGUGCGAGUGAGGGAGUUGUGAGGGGAGUUGCCUCCACCAUUCACUCACGCGAUUCUUCCUCUCCCCAACACCCACCACCAUCCCUCCCUCCCUUCACCGUUUUCCCAAAAUCCACCUCUUCCUCUCUCGCCUCUUCGACCAAAACUGCCCCCACGUCCCGCCCUCCGCCUUUCUCCCUGCACACCCAAAACGGUCGCAUCGCUCCCCGGCCCUCCCCGCUAGGCUCGGCAGUGGCAGAAGGCCCGGACGGCCUGCCGGCCGAGGCUGUGCGGGAGGCUCGGCAGCGGCAGGUUCGGGAGGCGGCGCUGGUUCGGUGGGCGGCGGAAGUGAGUUUCCCGGGCGUGGAGGUGGGGUGGGCGCAGUGGAAGGCGGUGGGUGGGCUGCUGGAGAGGGAAAGCGCGUUGGCCCACAAGGCACUGCCUGUGAUGUGGGGAAAGGCAGUCAAAGGGACGUUCAAGGCAGUGACGCCAGACGUUGCGAUACCAGAGCAGCAGGUGUUGGAGGUGUUUGACUGGGGGUUGGAAGGGCCACCCACCACCUUUACCACCCUCACCUCGUUCCUUCCUCUCUUCCUCCCACCCCACAGGCAGUGA